AUGUCUCAUGGUCACAAGAUCCCUUCAAUGGGGUAUGUAAACAUGGACAAGAAAUGGGUAUUCUCAUUUGUGAUCACAUCUCUUGUUUGCGUUGUCCUCCUUGUAACUUCCUUCAACAUGGGUCUAAUGUCUUCGCUUAGAGCACCAACCUGUGAAACUUUCCCUAGUUUUGCAACAAACGAUUCAAAAGUUGCAGAGCAGCAACAGCCUCGUGAAGACGACAAGCUCCCACGUUUCGCUUACCUUGUCUCGGGGUCUAAAGGAGAUCUUGAGAGCCUUUGGAGAACUCUUAGGGCAUUGUACCAUCCAAGAAACCAAUACAUUGUUCACAUGGAUCUUGAAUCUCCUGUUAAAGAGAGACUUGAACUGGCUUCUCGCAUUAACAACGAUUCUAUGUAUGCUAAGAUAGGGAACGUCUAUAUGAUAACCAAAGCUAAUCUUGUGACCUAUACCGGACCAACAAUGGUUGCUAAUACCCUUCACGCUUGUGCGAUUCUUCUUAAGAGAAGCCCUGAUUGGGAUUGGUUUAUCAAUCUCAGUGCUUCGGAUUAUCCCCUUGUGACUCAAGAUGAUCUGCUUUAUACGUUUUCGACUUUGGACCGGAACCUUAACUUUAUCGAACACUCAAGUGACUUAGGUUGGAAAAACGAGAAGCGAGCAAAGCCAUUAAUGAUUGAUCCUGGACUCUACAUGGUAAACAAAUCAGACAUUCUUUGGGUCAGACCACGUCGAAGUUUACCAGAUGCGUUUAAGUUAUUUACCGGAUCAGCUUGGAUGGCUCUAUCGCAUUCAUUCGUGGAGUAUAUCAUUUGGGGUUGGGACAAUUUACCAAGGACUUUACUCAUGUACUACACAAAUUUCGUUUCUUCUCCUGAAAGUUACUUCCACACAGUCAUAUGUAAUGUGCCUGAGUUCUCCAAAACCGCCGUGAACCAUGAUCUUCACUACAUCGCGUGGGACAGACCUCCGAGGCAGCAUCCUCGCUUGUUGUCCUUAAGAGACAUGCCGCCGAUGAUUGCGAGCGGUGCUGCGUUUGGUCGGAAGUUCAGAAGAAACGACACAGCUUUGGAUAAGAUCGAUAAGGAGCUGCUUAUGCGGACUAAGGAAGGCGGUUUUACUCCCGGCGGGUGGUGCGGUGGGGAGCCGGAGUGCUCGGUUGUCGGAGACGUGGCUAAGAUCAGACCUGGCUCAGGGGCUGAGAGGCUCAAGGGGCUUGUAGAUAGGUUAGUUGCAGAGGCUAAAUCAGGAAAGAAUCAGUGUGAAUAG